AUGGUGUGCUUGAAGCUGCUGUACCACCUCUGUGACCGCUUUGCCAUGCCGUUCGAGCCGGGUUUUUGCAACUACAUGCGCACCCUUGCUGUGUACGUCAUGGUCGGCCUCUGCUUCCUCGUUGGGGCAGUCGUCGGAGAAGUCUCAUACCGAUACAGCUUGUUGGCCUCUGUACUAUUUGCCACCUGUACAACAUUGAUGUGCGCCUUUUCUUAUGGCUGGAUCGAAUUGUGUGACGGCGGGUGUACACCUUCUUGGUGCCUGCGGGCGCCUGAUCUCCCUCAAACGAGGGCAGAGACAACGCCUCAUCACGGGAUUCCGCGUAUGGUAUCACAGGGCCUAUGA